AUGCCUAAAUCUCAUUCCUCGUCUUCAUCAGGGUCAUCUUCUUCGAGUGAAGAGAAGAAGAGAGUGAAAGACUUAAAUUAAAAAAAAUCAAAAAGUUAAAAGUCAAGAGAAAGAUCAAAAGAAAAAUCAAAAGAAAAAAAAAAUAAAGAAAAGACUAAGGAGAAGAAAGUGAAGAAUCUUUUGCUUGUUUAGAAUAUUUCAAGAAAUGUCACUCAAGAUGUUCUACACGAAAUUUUCUCCACUUAUGGGAAAUUAACUAAUGUAGAGAUGUAGUUUGAUGAAUAAAAUAAUAUGCUUCCACUUUUAUUUGCUUUUAUUACUUAUAAUGAUGAAGGCGAUGCUUCACAAGCCACUUAAUAUAUGCAUAGAGCAAUUAUUGAUGGAAAGAAGAUUAAAUGUUAAAGUCUUGGAUUAGAUAGAUAAAAGUAAUUUAUCAUUAUAAAUUAGACAUUAUACUGAAAAAAUUAAAAAAGAGAGACUAGAUAAGCUUAGGUAAAGAGAAAUCAAAAAGGAAAAGGAGUAAAAGUAAAAGGAAGAAUAUGCAAGAGCAAAAUAUAGAGAAGAUAAAUAAAAGAAUGAAAAUAAAGAUUUAGAUAAAGAGAAAGAGAAAGAUAAAGAAAAAGACAAAGAACCAUAAAAGAAGGAUUCUGAUUAAUAACAAGAAUAAUAAAAAUUGAAGGAAAAAGACAAAGAAAAAGAAAGAGAGAAGGAGCGAAAAGAAAAAGAGAGGGAAAAAGAAAGAGAAAGGGAAAGAGAAAGGGAGAGAGAAAGGGAAAGGGAAAGAGAAAGGGAGAAAGAAAGAGAAAGAGAAAAAGAGAGAGAAAGAGAAAGAGAAAGAGAGAAGGAGAGAGAAAGAGAAAAAGAAAAAGAAAAAGAAAAAGAAAGGGAGAGAGAAAAAUAAAGAGAAAAGUAAAAACAAAAAGAGAAGAGAGAAAAGGAAAAGGAAAAGUAAGAAAGGAUUGAAAGAGAAAAAAAAAAGAAAUAGCAUUAAUCUAGGAAAAGAUCGUCAGAUAGGCAUCACAAAAGAUCAAGCUCAAGAAAGAGACAUUCAAAAAGAAGAUAUAGCAAAAGAUCAAAAACUCCUGUAAAAUAUAGAUAUAUUAAUAUAGAAAAGAAAAUAAAAUAGGAGAGAAAGUACUUCAAGUUCAUCGUCUGAUUCUUCAUCCUCCUCAUCUUCGAGUGGAAGCUCUAGUAGUAGCAGCAGUAGUGGUUCCUCUUCUUCUUCACAAUCAGAUGAUUAAAAAUAAACUAAUUAAAAUUAGAAGAAGACUUCUUCAAGUAGUUCUUCAAGCGACUCAGAUAGCUCAUCGUGAUGAUUAUAUUAUAG